AUGGCUGCUCUAUUCACAUUCUCUCUCUUCCUCUUUACAUACUCUCUCAUCACCAUAUCCACUGCCAAUGCUGAGAAUAUCACGGCUAUUCUCUCAGCAUUCCCAGAGUACACUUCAGUUCUCUUCUUUCUACUCACAAUCACCAUGGCUGCUCUAUUCACAUUCUCUCUCUUCCUCUUCACAUACUCUCUCAUCACCAUAUCCACUGCCAAUGCUGAGAAUAUCACGGCUAUUCUCUCAGCAUUCCCAGAGUACACAUUCCCAGAGUACAGUGAGUUCAACAGCUACCUCACCCGAACAAAGCUCGCCGACGACAUCAACAGCCGCCAACCGCCGAUCACAGUCCUGGUUUUCAGCAAUGCAGCCAUGUCCGCACUUGCAGCCAAACACCCCCUUCCCGUCGUCAAGAACGAAUUGGCCCUCCAUGUAUUACUCGACUACUACGAUGCCAAAAAGCUCCACGAGCUCUCCGAUGGUACAACUCUAUCAACUACUUUGUACCAGACCACCGGAAACGCCGACGGAAAGCUAGGGUUCGUCAACAUUACAGACCUCAAAGGCGGUAAAGUCGGAUUCGGCUCCGCAGCUCCCGGCUCGGCUCUCGACUCGUCGUACACCAAAUCAGUUAAACAAAUUCCUUAUAACAUUUCGGUUCUUGAAAUCAGCGCGCCGAUCGUUUCGCAGCAGAUUUUGACGGCUCCGGCUCCAUCAGCCUCCGAUGUGAACUUAACGGGUCUUUUGGAGAAGGCUGGGUGUAAAACGUUUGCUUCGUUGAUUGUAUCUACUGGAGUGAUCAAAGUUUAUCAGACGGCUAUUGAUAAAGGUUUAACACUUUUUGCACCGUCGGAUGAGGCCUUUAAAGCGAAAGGAUUGCCAGAUCUGAGCAAGCUCACCAAUGCCGAGCUGGUCUCGCUCCUACAGUAUCACGCCCUGACGAGGUACUCGCCGAUCGGGACUUUGAAGGCUACGAAAGAUACGAUUUCUACAUUGGCAACGAACGGAGCCGGAAAGUACGAUUUGUCGGUGACGACUGCCGGAGACUCGGUCACUCUCGACACCGGAGUUGAUUCGUCUCGAAUCGCUACAACUGUGCUUGACUCGACACCUCUCUGCAUUUUCACCAUCGAUAGUAUUCUUCUUCCGGCUGAGUUGUUCGGGAAAUCUCCUUCUCCAGCGCCGUCGCCGACGCCCGAGACGUCACCAUCUCCGGCACCGGCACCGGCACCGGCUUCGACGUCACCAGCUCCGGCUCCAGAAGCAAAGGCGCCUUCACCUUUUCUUUCGCCACCAGCCCCUCCAUUGGAAUCUCCGGCAGAGGCACCGGCCGGCGAGUCACAGAACAGCACGACAGACAAUGCCGCCGGAGAUGUGAAAGCUUUGGCAUUUUUGAAAGCCCUGCUGACAACAACAGUGGCUGCCUCGGUUAUUAUCUCAUCUUUCUUGGUCUGA